UUGGCUUCAACUUCCUCCAGCGAGAUGAAUGGCCGGUGGUUGAGCCCUCUUGUGCUAAUAAAGUUCACGAUUUUCGUCACAGUGCUUACAACACGGUUCAUGUUUACUAUACAACACUCUCAACACCAGAUGACGAGUAACUGUGGCUCAACUGACACCUCGAUCCCUGACAUACCUGUCUCUCAACACCUGGCUGCAAGUGCUAACGAACACCACACCCAGGCCGGCCCUGUGUCAGAACAACCCACUAUCCAAAAUAUAUCAUCCACUCUUGCCUUGCGGUCUACUUCUCUGUCCCGCAUGGAGCAGUCUGUCCACUUGUGAAAGCCCGUGAAGAAGCGAAGUUCGCCUUUUGCAAAAAUGGACAACUCCACACAGAACCGAGACACACACGUCGCAGAACUGGUCAUGUCAUCGACAACGAGGCUGCUGUUAACAAAGAAGAUAACGAAGAUGGCAAAUAUAUGACGGACCCCGACCACCCUUCUACUGUCACCCUAGGUGCCUCCAACUGCCAGGAACACAUACGUCAUACUCAAUCGAAUGGACAAGAUGGGAGUGACAGACGUCAGCAACCUACCCGAUCUUCCUCCCUCCAGGCAUCCUUCGCUGGCGACACUGACACCAACUGUGAAAUAAUGGAGAAAUAAUGUGAAAUAAAGUCUACUAAACGCUCUGUUAGCAGCGUGUGUGCAAGUGAUCAGCAUGCUAAUCAGAGCGAAUUCCGUGAAUACGGUGAACAUUCGAAGCAAGAUUACAGAUAGACACUAUUCUAGACGCAUUGGUUUCCUUACUAAAUUGUGUUGACUUGGGUAGUGACUGUCACAUCACAGGACUAGUUCCCUGGCUCCAGUGUUCGAGUUUCACGUGAGCUCAUGAACAUUGUAAGAGUAUGACACAGACAGGUCUCCAACAAAUACACCGAUUACAAGGAUGUUGGAAAUAGAAUAACACAUUGCUAAGAGGACAGAAAAACAACGACCGUGUGGACCGUGAGCUCAGCUCAUCCAUUAAUAACAAUACUGCAGCCCAAAGAAGCAUCUGGACGACUAGACCUCGAGAAACAAAAAGGUUGAGACGAGAAAAGGAGGAGAAGCAAAGUUUCAAAUUGCUCUUCUGACAGGUUUUCAACUGACACACGACGGAGAUGUGGUAACAGGUACUUAAGCUGCAAUCACCGCGGCACAGAACAGUGUACAUGUGUAUACGUGUCUAGACAUCACGUGGUACAAGAAGACAUUUGGAAGCUUGGUUCUCACAAACAAGAAGACUGCGAGACAACUCACUUUAGUGACAAGCUGACAGAGGAAGACCAAUCACCUGGCAGCAGGAAUGGCGAUGAGACCUCUCCUCGUUUUUAUUUUUGUUUUAUUGACUCCCAGCUUGAGAGGAAAAAGCGUACAACUGUUUGAGACAGAAGAAGCAGGUACAAGAAUAUUUCACAAAUGCAAGGGAAGUAACCUGACACUGUACGAAGCAGACGACGAGGUUACCGUUCUUCACGUGUUUGUGUUUCUCGGGAGAGAAUCUCUGGCCAGCUCCUCGGUACCCGCCACAGGAAUGUUUGAGAAACGUUUGACCGUUCACAAUAACGGAAGAGUCACCUUGACCAAUCUGACGUCAGAUGACCUGGGGAGAUACCGAGUGGAGGUCCAAGCUGAGGACAAGAUCACACACAACAUCAAACUGAUUAUUAAAGAGCCUCCUAGAUCAGCAGACGGAAAGUUAUUCGUGAUGAAGAAAGCCUUGUCAGACACAAACUCUAUUCGUCUGAUGUGUGGCACGUUUACAACUUUGGGCUUCCCGCCUGUGUCAGCAGUGUGGAAGGAUCCCGCAGGUCGAACACUAAGCAGUGACGGGUUUGAGGAUGAGUACUUUUACCUGGAUGUACCUGCCGACACGGCGGACUCUGGUGACUACUGCUGUCAGCUGCACUGCCGAGCCCCCGACUUCUGUUGUCUUGACGACCAGUCGCCGCUGAGGUCGUGCGCGACAAUACCUGUCCACACACACACAAAGGUCGAGGUCACGACAGACGACAAGAUGUCUUCAGGAAACGUAACUCAAGCGAUGGCUUACCUGGUUCAGCGACAAGCCAGGUGUGACCAGCUGGACACUUACAUCACAAAGGUGGAGACGUUACAAGUGGACAUGCUGAAAGGCAUCGAGAACAUGAGUAACACGACUACAGACGCUCGAGUCCAGCUAGAGAGAGAAACGAACCACAAACUGUGGAACUUUCAGCUUCAGAUGGAUUCUAACGCCUCUAAAGUUAUGGAGUCUUGUAAUGUUAGUCAGCAACAGCUACUGACUACAGUUUCUGACAAACUUUUACAGCUGGAAACGAAGUUGAAUAAGGACUUGGUCGACCUUCACAAUGCGAGCUUUACUGCUGACAGAAGACUAGAGGCAAACAUCAACAAAUCCGUGGAACAUCUCCAGAAAGUACAAUUACAGCUGAAUGCUAACAUUUCUGAAGCUGUAGAAUCCUAUAAUGAGCUUAAUGAGCGUCUAAAGGAGACAUCAAAGGAACUGCAGUUAAACCAAACUAACUUCUCAUAUCAAGUGGAAAACAUUGUCACUAGACUUGACAAAGAUGGAGGCAUUGAAUUAAAAGUAACCAGAGCUUCGAACCUGGUCACAGAUUUGCAACAGAGGGUAGAAGAAAUUUCCGCGGCAGCUGACAAACUCCAAUCACAACUUAACAAGCAAAUUAGACAACUUGCAGCUGAAGGGAAGACAGGACUUUCUGGUCUGCAACAAAUAACAUCAGAUCUCAGAACUACGUUGACCAGCAAUGUCCAGAAAUUGACAAACCUGACAUCGAAAACUGAGCUUCGGGUGUCGGAACUCGAGAAGAAACUGUCAGCCAUCCACAAUACGUUGAACAGACUUGAGACGAAUACAAACAAAUUACUAAAAGCCAUUCGUUCAUACAUGUCAGCGAUUUAUAAGGCGACGCCAGAAGCUCAAUGUCUUUUGAAAACCGGCUACGUGUGGUACCAGAGAACCUGCUUGAAGGUUUCGACGACAUGUGAGAAGUACGCAACUGCAAAAGCCAACUGCGAGGCAGACGGCGCUCACCUGUAUGACGUCAAGUAUCCGGUCUUAGACGAGGAGCGAGUUCGCUUCGCUGUCAAACAAGCAGGAUUAUCUAGCACCCCCAUCGCCUUUUGGGUGGGAGGAAACGACCUUGAGGUUGAGGGAGACUACCGCUGGAGUGACGGAACUCCUCUGCCUUCCUUUAAAUUAUGGGAAACAGGUCAGCCUAGUGACAAUGACGAUGGUGAGGACUGUAUUGCACUACACGUCACUGAUCUAAAGUUUAUAUUGUACGACUAUGUUUGCUCUUUCAAUUUUCGUUACCUUUGUCAGUACGAUUUGUAGGAGAAAAACAGACAGUCCUGUCUGGUGACGUAGUAUUUUGCAAAUACCUGAAUGGAAGAUGACUGACUAAGGUCAGUGACGGGGCGAGAUUAUGUUCUACCAGAGUAAAACCCAACGAUCAAACUGAUUCACGACACAAGUGGCUUGAGGAAUAGUUAUUCAAACAUCCACUGUGUAAAUAAGUCUCCAAUCUUCUCUUCAUAUUUCUCCAAAUUUGUAUUAAUAUUAUUCUUUCGUUCUCUAGCUAUAAACAUCAUCUUCACAUAUAAACAUCCGCAUCAACAGAAAGCGGUCACAAAUACACAUGUCACGAUUGUUCAUCAGACCCUUUACGUUGCCAAGUCUUCAUCAUAUGGACGAGGUCGAUGUUUAUGAGGCGCAACCCAAGUUAAUCGUUAUUAGGAUGAGUUAUUAUUGGUUAUUUGAGUGUGAAAUGUCUUUUGAUGAUAUCUACCGACUUGUCUUUCCAGUAUGGAAUAAAGUUAUUCACCCACAUUUAAACAACAACAAUCAGCUACUGAGGUUACAUCAGGGAUUUAAAGACCACAGUUUCCACCAUUUUAACCCCACUGAGGAUGAGGUGCACCGUUACGCCAGCCUGACUUGAGGGCGUUUGUAACCCUGACCUCAAAUGGUUAAAUUAUAAAAUGAGAAUUUUGCUUGCAGGCUGAUACAGAAGAAAGUAUCUAAGUGAAAACUGUUAUUUCUGUAAAAAAAAAACCGCGUGCUGGUGUUGUAACAUGGAACAGAGGUGCAUACUGAUGCAGUAGCGAGCUUUUACUUAUCUGAUCAUAAAAUAACACUGUACGUUUUAUUCUUGUAUGUUUGUAAAUAUUAUUAAGUAUAUAUCAAUAAACGCAUUUCAUACCAAUUGUUAUGUAACUGAUGUCACUGUAUUACAAAUGAAGAUGACACCUGUGUCUGUCACAAUGAGUGUCAACCUCUGCCCCGAGCUUCAGUCGUUCAUAGAAAUGACUGUUUGUCUUUAUUAUACUUCAGUUAGCGAGGUUUACAAUUUUACCCACGUGACCUUAACGCGUUGACUACGUUUUCACAAAAGUCUCUAAACGAACUGUUACCUUCACCGUCAUGUAACGGAAAACAAAUCCCAUUUUAGUAAUAUACAAGGUAGUCAUUAAGUUCAUGUAUUUAGUGUAAACAUCGGGACACAGCGGGUGAAAUUCUAUAAAAUGAAACUUUUUAAGGAACCCUACAUACUAUAGUGAUUCGAAGAAGAAUCUCCAUACG